CAGCUGAUGCUCCGGCAGUGGAUGCUCCGUCGGGAUCACAUGACAUUGACACCUCAGGCUACAAAUGUUCUAGCCCCGUUCGAGAAGGCGCGGCCGAUUCUAGUGCCCGGGAGAUUAAUAUUUUCCCCAGGUCAACGUUGCUAUCUCGACUCUCUACCGGUCUUUCAUGCCCUGCGUCUUGUCUGACGGUCACCAUGACAAAUAUCUGCACUUCGUCCCUCAAACUAUCUCUUCCCAAUCUUCUGCGCAAUGCUCUUCGCUCCGAGUUCGCCGCUGACGCCCACCGUGGUUCUACCCAUCGGGGUCUCUUGAUAACGCCUCUACCAUCCUAUAACCGCGGAAUCCAACAACGACAAUUUAGCUCUUUCCUGAGUGCCCAGAUCUCUCAAUCAACAUGCCUGUCGUCGGCGCAGGACCCUUCCUCCACGAGCCCCGACGUCUCCAGUGAACCACAAUCGGACAUCACAAGGAAACCCCCGCGUGGCGAGAAGUCUACCAAGGCAGCCUCGAACGCGAGAGGAGAGAGUGCUGAUACCAAGACCAAACGCGGCAGACCCAGAAGCGAUGCCCGGACAUUCAAGACCAAGAGGGGGGAUUCAUCUGAAACAAAACCGGUGGAGUCUAAACGGACCAAGAAGGAUUCACGCGGGGAUCGAGAACGGCCUUCCAAGGCCGAGAGAAAGCCCGAGAAAUGGGAAAUCCAGAAGCACGCAUUGGAGGAAAAGUUCCAGCAAGGGUGGAACCCCCCCAAGAAACUCUCCCCAGACGCCCUGGAGGGGAUCCGUCACCUCCACAAGACUGCCCCGGAGAAGUUCACUACACCCGUCCUCGCAGAAGAAUUCAAGGUGUCGCCCGAGGCUAUUCGUCGGAUACUGAAGAGCAAGUGGAGACCCUCUGCAGAGGAAACCGAAGACCGUCGGCAACGGUGGGAGAAACGUCACGAUCGGAUCUGGGGUCAUAUGUCGGAGUUGGGUCUACGGCCGCCUAGGAAGCGCCAACAGGAUUUACUUGACGCCAACAGAUUGCUAUAUGCUCCUAAGAAGAAGGCGCCUAAGGAGAAGGAGGAGACUUACUAGCAUGUGGGGAGUGCUGUGCACAGUGUGUAUAUUAGAAGUAGACCAUGUAUCAUAUAAUCAACUCAAACGGCCUUGCGUGAAAAGCAUGGGAGGGUAUUUGUUGCCUUUGGUGUAUCGUUU